AGGCAGAGGGGAAAGUGAAACUAAAAGCUAACAGUAAGGUAACUGUAUGUGUGUGUGUGUGUGUGUGUGUGUAGCAACAGCGGGCAUGUUUAAAUUUCGCACGUUUGCCGUUAGUAGCCGUUAGUUUGGACGUUGCUAGGCGGCUUCAUGUUGUCUGAAGGCGAAAUGGAGGCCGACGCCUGGGACAAAACCAGGACGGUGGUCGUGUCCGGUGUGCCUAACGCGUUGGCCGCCAGCAGGAUGAUUGACAAGCUGACUAUUCAUUUCCAAAGCUGCCGGAGAAGUCACGGAGGAGACGUCGAGGAGGUCAGGUAUCCCACCAACUCGGACGGGGUCGCGUUUGUCGCUUUUGACAAAGCUGAAGUACUCUUGGCAGAUGCAGAGAGGGUGGUGCGAAAGCAGCAACACAUCAUGACUGACGAUGAGUUUCCCGACAACUACCUUCUCACGGUGUUCCCCUUCACUAGAGAUGUGUUUUUGUAUGUACCCAGGGCUACGGUCAAUCUCUCCAUAUUCGGCAGAGAUCAAGCAGCGCUGAUUCAGAGUCUGCAGUCAGCUCACAGGUCGCUACGUUUCCGACCUCUGCUAGAGCAGAGAAAAGCCACCAUUGAGGGGCCUUUCACUGCCGUCAAGGCCCUGAGAGAGGACCUCAUCUGCAGGGCCAGCCAGCUUCAAUCAGUCCAAACUUCUCCCUUCAAACUAAGAGAAACUCCUCUUAAUCCGACGGUAAUAUCUCAUCAUGAGGUUGUCGGCUCUGUAAGCUGCAGCGGUUCUAACACUAAGCUGGAACCAGCGAGCUCAAACAGCUUAUCAACGGCGCUGCAGACCACAGGUGAGGGAACUGAAGUCCAAAGCCUGCUCUCAAAUGCAAAACCUCAAAACGCUUCCUUGAGGCAAAAAGUUUCCAAUGAGAGUUUGACAGCAGGGAGCUUUUGCGACACACAGAGUGAUGAAAUAAGGGAGAAAAGUCCUCGGCCCAAGCUCGAAAUGCCCACAGAAUAUAGACCAAAAACCAAACCCAGACAAUUCAGGGAGGAGAUCAGUGCAGGGAUUGCAUCUUCCUUAUCAGGCAUGGACUUGCUCCCUGCAGAGGGAGUAUCAGCGAAAAACCCUGGAGAUGACGAUGUGACACAAAAAAGCAGCAGACCAGACAGGAUUUCAGCAACCAUGACCAUAAGAGAAAGUAAAUUGGGCUCCCGCUACAGCAGUACUGACCGUCUGAAGGAAUCGCAUCAGAACAGCUCAGCCAUCACCGCCGAGCUCCUCCAGACCGGACUUAAAGAUGUCUUGACGUCCUCCGAGGGCGACGUGAGCGCAAUCUGUCCAGAGGAUCCUGAGGAUACGUGCAUCUGGGUCGAUUCAAACAUAUUCAAAUACAUUGAAAAAUUUCACAAGAAGGCAUUGGAUAGAUGCUUGAGAGGUCUUCAUGCAUCCACUGUGGAUAUGGAAGGAACCGACCUCAUGCAGAUACUGUUGACCGAGAAGCAAACCUCCAAGACGGCCUCUAGGAUCCAGGGGGCCUUGGAAAACCUCAAGUCUUUGGUGGAGUUUCAGCAGUCGAUCUUAAGAGUUCAUCAGAUCGACUAUGACGAGGAGGAGCAGCCUGACAGAAAGAAACUGAUUGAGAUCUGCGAUUAUGUGAAUUCCCUGUACGAUGACGUUCUAUAUAUGUUGGAGGAAUCUCACAUAAAGAUCAUCGGCCCUUCAUUCUCCAGUCACCGGUUCUAUAAGGGAGUGGAGGACAGAAUUAGGAAACUAAAGGACACUCUUGUAAAUCACUGAGAAUUUAUCAUCAAAAACAAAAUGAAUGUACUUUUACGACUGACCACAAGGUGGUGCAGUUGCGCUGCAUGUUGCCUUCAUAAAACCAGCUCCUGCACAGUUCUUGGCUAAAAUCAACAUCUAUAUUUUGUUAUUGUUACAAGUGUUUAGUUACAUUACAGCCAUGGUUUUGUUUCCUGAGUUCAACUCAUACGGUUAGAUUUCAUAUUCCGGGCUAACAUUUAAGAACUACGCUCUUGGUUUCUUUGUGUUUCUAUGGUGAAACUUGCCUUUUGUUUAUGUGUUGAUUAUUAAUUAGGCCUUUUAAACAGCAGGUCUUAAUCCCAUCCAUGUUCUCACAGCAGUAGGGAUAAGUCUUAAUUAACCUCCUCACAUCUUAAUUACAGCAGAUAGGCUGCUAAUUAAAAACAAAACUGACAGAUGCCAACUAGUCUCACAUAAUCAUUUCUUCUUUUUCUUCUGUCCAGAGAUUUUUGACUCUCACUUUAUCGCUCAUUAUAUGAGUUUAAAUGUUAUUUCAUUACAUAACCCUGUGUCGGAUUUUUGUCAAUAAAUCCUUUUCUUUGA